AUGCCAACAGACAAGCAACUCGUCGCCCUCUGCUACUCCAUCCUCAAGCAGCUGGAGCUCAAACACAUCGACUGGAAACGCGUCGCCGCCGACAACGCCAUCCAAAACCCCCACGCCGCGCGCAUGCGAUACUCGCGCUUCAAGACGCAGAUGGAGCGUGCUGGCCUCGGUGCGUCUCAAAAGCAGGCGGAAAAGCGGAAACGGGGGGCUGAGAAAGGGGGGAAGGGGAAGGGUGGGGUGGGAGGGGAUACAGGGGAUGGGGAGGAUGAUGAGGAGGUGCUUGCGGUAGUGGGGAAGAGGGUGAAGGGGGAGGGGGAUGGGGAGGGGAUGGGAGUGAAGAGAGAGAUUAAGGGAGAGAUCAAGGUUGAAAAAGACGUGAAGGUGGAGAAUGGGGAGGUAGGGGUGAAAGUGGAGCUUGGGGGGGUGGACGUGGAUGUGGACGUGAAGAUGGAGCCGAUGCAAGUGGUCAAGAUGGAAGAUAUGUGGGAAGAGGGGACGGUGUGGGGGGGACUGAAAUAUGAGGCUGAUGAUGAUUGUAUCGUUGAGGGUGUGAGGAGCGUGAAAGCGGUGUUUUGA